AACAUCUCACUAUUUGUUUUUCACAGAAAAGGAAGAAAUGUAUCUCAUGAGGCAAACGACAACAUGGCGUUUGAGAUGAUUCAGAACGGAGAUAGAGCAUACACAUCUCUCAAACUCGGUCCAUCCCACUCUCCCAUCAUUGCUCCUGAAAACCUGACGUUCUUCACCAGACUCGGUUCGAUUGGACGGGGUGACUUCGGUGGGGUAUGGAAGGGAGAACUCCGCUCGAAUCAAAGUCAAGUAGACGUCGGUAUAAGGCAGAUUCCAGAUCAAGUGACCAAAUCAAAUAACGUUCUUGAAGCUGUGAAGGUCCUUUCUGAGCUACCGGAUCAACCGAAUGUUGUCAAGUGCCUCGGAUAUUGUCAAGAACAAGGUAGCAUUAUGUAUGAGUUCAUCUGUGGGGGUACCCUACUUACCCAUCUACAGACCACAGGGGUGCAAUCCCAGCCCACAUACAGCAAUCUCAAACCAAAGAGGGUUCGUAUCGAUGAAGCUAGUCUACUCAACCUGGCUUGGCAAAUCGCAAAAGGGAUGCAGUAUCUUGCAUCGAAGAAGAUCGUCCAUGGAACUCUCUGCGCUCACAAUGUGUUACUAGGCGGUAGAAAGCAAUGCAAGCUAUCAGAUUAUGGACUAUCUUCAUCACUAUUUAGCGCCAGAGGUAAACCAACAAGAUGGAGUUCGCCUGAAACCAUGGUUACUGGCGACCCAUCAACAGAAGCAGAUAUCUGGUCUUUUGGUAUCGUCUUGUGGGAAAUUGUGACAUUAGGUGCAAGGCCAUACCCUAGAAUGACCUUUGACACUGUUCAAACGGAGGUUGCCAAUGGUUAUCAGAUGCCACGCCCUCGCCAUUGUGGACAAGAAGUGUAUACGGUCAUGACUGGUUCUUGGGAGAAGGAAGCUACAAAUCGGAGUAACUUUGAUCAUAUCCUCAAGAGUUUGGAAAGGAUUCUAGAAAAGACUCAUAAUUAUCUGUCUCUCAAUGACUUGGAUGAAGGAUUGUAUGCGUCUACACUCGACAUGUGAAAUUAAGCCGUGUUCGGAUGUGCAGCGGUACUACAACGCAUCUACAUCUUGUAAACCGUACGUUGGUUGGAUAAGUAUAGGGACUUUAGAAGGAAUAACUUGUGUUAAACUUAGCCAAGAAUGCUGAAUCAGACUAGAUCGCAAAUACUUGUAUGAAUCUUGCAUCAAGUAUACGUCUGUUUGAAAAAAAUUGUAUUUUUAAGAUCAUUUGGUAAAAAUGUGUAAAAAAGUUACUUUAAAAAGUUAAGUUUACACUGUCAAGAGGUCGAAAUAUUCUAGAAGACACGAAAUUUGUGAAUAUCAAGGUUAUAGCGGCCGAUCUCAAACAUUCAACAGCAUAUUCUCAUGAUUUUUUUGUCGGUUAUGUUGUGUGUAUAUACUGU